AAUGAAUUAACAGCAAGAAGAAGUAGAAAUUUACGAUCUUACUAAUCACAAUAGAAAUUCUGAAGAGAUAAGCAAAUCCCUGAUUUCCACAGUAUUUGCCAUAAUUUACAACUUCAUUUGGGGAUUGCUAUUUCUUAUUUUUAGACAUUAUAGUAAUAAGUUUUUUGUUUUAAUUAAGAGAUGAUACUGAGUGCCAGUUAAUAGAUUCAUGGACACUUUACACAGAGAUUGUAUUAUUUGUUAUUGUUGCUUACAAAUUGUAUUAGAUAGAUAAUAAUGUUAGAUUUAUCGAAUUACCGAUUCAAUAUAAGACUAAGAAUUAAUGGAAAAAUUAAUUGUUUGAUGUAGCAGAUUAAUUAGAACUGUUUUUCAGCAUAGUUAUUCUUAUUGGAUUGACUGUAAAAAAUUAAUAACUUCACUACUAGUAUGCUUAUCUCCAAAAUGAAGAAUGCGAUCACCUUAGAAAUUUCGUUUUAGGAUAUUUGAUUGUCACUUAUUUGAUACUCAUUAUUUGGAUAAUUUCAUACAUUUUUAUUGCUUGCAGUAGAGAACAAUUUAAUAGUAGUAAUUCAUGA